ACCGGUGGCGUACCAAGCUGGCGGCAGCGUGACAGGCGGCGGGCACGGCGCACCACCCGCGCACAUGAGCCGCCGCCGUCGCCGCCGCCACCGCCACCUGGUGGUUGAUCGACGCCCUAUACCGGUGGCGUACCAAGCUGGCGGCAGCGUGACAGGCGGCGGGCACGGCGCACCACCCGCGCCCAUGAACCGCCGCCGUCGCCGCCGCCACCGCCACCUGGUGGCGCGACCCCGGGACGCCUAGCGGGAGCCGUCCAACUCUGAGGCGGGCUGGGCAGAAGGAGACGGUCGCCACGACACCUAGCGGCGCGCGAGCACGCACCUUACAAACGGGGGCAGUAGCUGCAGCUCGGGAGGUCCCGGACUGUGGCGGUGGCGCUGGGAUGAAGGUACGGCCGCCCAAGAAGGCGGCCAUCUAUCCAGGUGUCCACCGCCCGCUACAACCGGCCAUGGGCAGCAGCGUGCGCCCCCGGCUGUGCAUCGCGCGCCGCCGUUCGAGGCGGCCUGUGCAGCGCGGAUAGACUCAGGGCGGAAAGGAAGGAGCGGAAGGAACUCGAGGUGAUGCGGGCGAGCGGAUCAGUGCGGGCUACGGAUUGGAGCGGCGAACAAUACGGCAAGCGUGUGAUGCGAUUGGCAGGAGAACGGACACGGACGAACAUUGAGAGGGAGCUUGGGACUGGGCGAUCGAGUGUAAUGAACUGAUGUAAGUUGGAUGUAUGUGGUAUGAAUGAUUCAGGCAGGAUAAUUAUUAUUAUAGAUCAUAGCGCAAACUUCACCUGGAGAGUAAGGGGACCCCUUUUUGACCGUUCGAGGGAGGGGGCAUUAUUAUGUAAGGGCAAAAUUCAUACGUCGGAGAGAAGCGGCGGGCCGGAGUACCAGGGUGCGUGUAAGGCCAGUCCGCCGUAUGAUAGCCUCCGGCGGGAAAGGCGUGCCCGCCGGGUGAAAGGCUGCGGCUGGCCGGCACCUGGGACUCGCGGGCCCGUCUCUCGAGGCAUUUGCCAGUGCGGUGUCGUCGGGGCAACAUCUUUCGUGACCCGGGAGUCGGCACGUCGACUCAGAAUGGUGCGUCGCGAUGACGGUGAACAGAGCGUGUCGCUGCUGGGCGGCCGCCGGUCACCGAGGGAGUACAGCGAGCACCAGCGUCUGCUGGAGACGGAGCUGAGCCGCGAGUCGGCCGGCUACGGCGCCGUGAAGCCACUGUCGCCACUGCCCACCGGCGGCGUCACGCUCACAUGGCACGAUGUAAACGUCUACGUGCCCGACAAGAAGAACAGCAGCGUCUUCAGCAGCUGCCAGUCGGAGGCGCCCAAACUGAAACGGGUGCUCAACAAUGUGUACGGCGCCGUGCUGGCCGGUAACCUGGUGGCCGUCAUGGGAUCCAGCGGGAGCGGCAAGUCCACGCUGAUGACGACUCUGGCGCAGCGCAACCCCGGGGAGGUGAUGGUGGACGCCGACAUCCAGUACAACGGACAGCCGGCCACCAAGCAGAUGCGCAGCAUGGCCGGCUUCGUCUACCAGGACGACAUGUUCGUCGGAUCGCUCACCGUCCGAGAGCACCUCGAGUUCGCGGCGCGUCUCAAAAUGGAGCGUCACACGACUGCCGCCGAGCGGCGCGCUCGCAUCGACACCAUCAUGAUCAACCUGGGCCUGAAGAAGUCGGAGCACACCCGAAUCGGAGUUCCCGGCCAGAAAAAGAGCCUCUCCGGCGGCGAGCGCAAGAGGCUGGCCUUCGCCGCAGAGAUCCUCACGGAUCCGCCGCUGCUGUUCUGCGACGAGCCCACCACCGGUCUGGACUCGUACAACGCCGAGAGGAUCGUCUCCAUGCUCAAGGAGAUGGCCUACCACGGCAAGACGAUCCUGUGCACCAUCCACCAGCCGAGCUCGGGACUGUUCGCCAUGUUCGACCAGCUCAUGUUCCUUUCCGAGGGCCGGCUGGCCUACAUGGGCUCCGCCACCAACGCCGCAGAAUUCUUCACCAGCCUGAACCUGAUUUGCCCGGCCACCUACAACGCGGCCGACUUCUACAUCCACUGCUUGGCCGUGGCGCCCGGCAGAGAGGCGCAGAGUCGCGAGCGCAUCAAGGCGAUCUGCGACAACUUCAGCGUCUCUUCGCACGCCAAGGACAUGGCCGUGACGGCCCAGUACCACGAGGCGGCCGCACUGGCGCACACUCAGGCCAGACGGUAUGAGUGCCGAGAGCUCACCAGGAGUGCAGUGUAAGUAACAACUGAAUGACUUACAAGUUACUAACAAAUAGCUAAGUGAAUCACAUGAGGAGAAACAGAUCAACGAUGCUAAUCUACUUUCGCCCCAGGCUGUUGAGAUGCAAUCUCUAAGGAACCUCGUGAAGUUCGCAACUAUUUACUUGGUACAAUAACGUUGAAAGCAAUCCUACAAACCUCUCUCCUGGACUGAUGUGCCUUUCCGGCGCAGAGCUCCCCCUAUCCACCGACUCCGUCCCGUGGCGUGUACGACGACUGAGCCACUCGAUGGUCGGCCCAAGGAGUUCGGCGAAGCGGCCGAUUUGUGACACGCCACGGCGGCGCGCGGCGUGCCGCAGACGGCCUGCCCCGAUUGCACGGGAAGUGGGCUAGGUCGGAGUCCGCCCUGAACUGUAUGUAUAACGCACGUCCCGGCGUCCGCGCCUGGGGUGACCAGCCGCACCUCCAGGCGCGCGCCGUACCGAUAUCGCCUGAGUGAUGGAAUGACCUUCUGAGCGUUGCAUCGAUAAAUACUUAUAUAACAGUCUUGAACCCAUGGUGGGUGGGAAUGUUGAGUGGGAUAUGCUAGUCUCCUGAUAUCCCGAGGAAAACUAAAAGGAAGUAACCAAACGAAACCAGGCCUGUGUAAUUAAACAGUUGAUCACAUUUAAAAGUCUAUGCCAUGAUAUAUUUAAUGACUAACCUACUUCACUGUGGCUGUAAGGCGACUUUCCGCUCACUUUUGAUAAGCAAUAAAUAUGUUUUGACUUUACCAAAAUUGCAUGCAUAGUAACAUUACACCCCGCACUGCUGCCCUUUCCGGUAAAGCUCCAAGUGAGCCGAUGUCCUCGAUUGUAUGUUAAUCCGCAUGGGAGUGUGCACGGCAGGGCCCCAGACCCCUCCCUCUCCUGUCAACCGAUACUGCAAGCGGCCGCUCGUCACUGCAGCUUACAUAAGCGCUCCAUGCGGCCAGGAUAGUACUAUACCGUGUUGACAAUCGGUGUGGCUUAUGUAAGACGUCUCAAACACCCGGCUACUAUGUUUAGUACACCUUACAAACUCCGAUUCUCCGAAGAAGGUGGUCGCAGUUACAGCUUUACGGUACGAAGUGUUGUUGACAAAAUGCUGUUCCGAAAUAGAAACUUGACUUUGGGACAUGUCGUGUGUCGGUUGACGGUAUGUCCGAUGCUUGAAAAACCAGAAUAAAUAUUUAAGAGACGAUGCUAACUUUACGGCCAACUGAUUUGUAG